ACCAUCGUGGAGGACGUGAUGCCGAACCCGCCGCCAGACCAGCCGGAGUGGAUCAAAGCGCUGAUUUCGGCGCCGGUCUCUGACUCGGCAGCGGGGGAAACCAAGAAAGCCGGCGAGGAGCUGACCGUCACCAACGCCCCCGCAGCUGAGCCCGCCGCCGCAGCCAAGCCGAAAACGAAGAAAAAGAAACUUAAAGCCGACGCCGCCAGGACCGCCAGGGCGCUCGGCCUGCUGGGAAAACGCACCUUUGAAAAGCCGCCGCCGGGACGCUCCACGGGCAUCAUCUCCUUCAUCGGGCCGACGUUCGGCUACAUCGAGAGAGAAGAUCUGCAGAAGUUCACCUUCAGCUUCGACGCCUUCUUCGGAAACCCCAAAGCCAUGCAGCCCGGGGUCAGAGUUCACUUCACCGCCUGCAAGGAGAGGAACAGUCUGAUAGCGACGGAUGUAAAGGUGGCUCCCGGCGGGACGGAGAACGUGGACGUGGAGAUCUACGAGGCCGUGGUCAGUCAGCCCAUCGCGGAGCCGCAGCCCGGCGAGCGGCAGUACCCGGGUCAGGUCCACGUGGACAUCGGGCCGCUGAGGACCAACCUGACGUUUGACAGGAAGGACAGCACGGUGACGCUGCUGAAGAACGACCAGGUGCUCAUCAACCUGCUGACCGACAUCGUCACCGAGAAGAGGAGGGCCACCAACAUCAAGCCCAAAAUCCCCUCCACCUUCAGCCACACCCACGAGGAGCGGGAGCAGGGCGUCAUCGUCAGCCUGACAGACAACGCAGGCGUUAUCAGGUCUGAGAAACACGGCGAGCUCCCCUUCGACGUCAAAGAGAACUUCAGCGACGUGGAGUUCACCGCUGAGGACGUCAGCGAGGAGGUGGAGUUCACCAUCAUCACGCUGAGGGCGGGAAAGAGAGCCGUCAGGAUCCGGAGGGUGAAGGAGCCCCUCCUUCUGACGCUCUGCGCCGCCCAAAACGCCGCCGCCGCCGUCGCCGAGGAGGCGGCCGCCCAGGACGCAGACGAUGACGACGACAGCGAGGAAGAUGCUCCGCAGCCGGUGAAAGCCAACGUGAAGCUGGAGCUGGGGCCCCACAUGAGGCUGGACCCCGAGCUGUACGAGGGCAUCGUGAGCCAGCCCAUCAUCGAGCCCACG